CUCAAUUUCAUCGCUCUCGAAUUUUCUCACUCAUUUUCUCUUACAUUUCCUCUCUGAAAAUUUUCUUUCAUUUUCCCUGAAAAUUAUCUGAUGGCGCCAAGAGCAGAGAAGAAGCCGGCGGAGAAGAAGCCCACGGAGGAGAAGAAAACAUUGGCCGAAAAGACACCUGCCGAGAAGAAACCCAAGGCCGGAAAGAAGCUCCCAAAGGAAGGCGGUGCUUCCGUCGGAGACAAGAAGAAGAAAAGAACGAAGAAGAGCGUCGAAACCUAUAAGAUAUACAUUUUCAAAGUCUUGAAGCAGGUUCAUCCAGAUGUAGGAAUCUCCAGCAAAGCCAUGGGUAUCAUGAAUAGCUUCAUCAACGAUAUCUUUGAGAAGCUGGCACAGGAAGCUUCAAGGCUCGCUCGAUACAACAAGAAGCCCACCAUUACAUCUCGGGAGAUCCAGACCGCUGUCAGGCUCGUUCUUCCCGGUGAAUUGGCUAAGCAUGCGGUUUCGGAGGGGACCAAGGCAGUGACCAAAUUUACUAGCUCUUGAGGCCGUAAUCUUUCUGUUUUUGGGUUUGGGUUUCAGUGGGUUCUUGAGUAACUGUUUGAACAAGUUAGGGUUAGGGUUUUUGUCUUUUGAUGUAAUUAUUUUUUCUUUAAUGAUAUAGAUGGUUGUAGAAUCUUGUAGUUCUGUAACUAUUGAUCUUUUGAUAAUUAAUUGAAGGAAAUGUUUUUGAAGGCAUUAA